GAUGGCUCUGGCAGACUUUGCUGACUUCAUCUCCUACAUUCUGUCUUUGAUGCAGCAAAUAUUUAUUAAGCACCUGUGUGCCAGGUACGAUACCAGAGACAGAGCAAGGAACAACACCUAAAAUAAUCUAUGCGUGCAUGGAUCUGACAUUCUGCCUCUUCCUCAAUAAACCCAUUCCCCUGGCAAGCCUUCUCACUUCCAGAAAUUGCCUUGAUUUCAACUUAAUCUGCAUGUGGAGAUGCAGGGAAGCUCAUAGGAACAUUAUCAGGUCUAGAACAAAGUCCAGGAUAACAAUUAGUUGAACAAAUAUUAGCUCAAAUUUAUUUAGCACUUGUUACAUAUAUGCCUGGCCCUGUUUUAAAAUGUAUGCCUGCACAUGUGUACUUACUGAAUCGUGAAAAUUAACCCCAUUUUACAAGAAUUGACAAAAGGCACAGAAGAACUAGGAUAUGAAUUCAAGUAGUCUGGUUUCACUCGUCAUAAUAAUCAUAACCACUAUUCUGCUUCUGAGCUAAUGAAUGAAUCACUUAAACUAGAGUGGCCUGGGUCCAAAUCCUGACCGCCAAUUAACCGUAUGACCUAGGGCCAACCGAUUUACUUCUCUAGACUUCGGAUUCUUUCUCUCCUCCUAGAAGUGAAGAUUUUAAAAUGCUGGGGGAAACUGGCUCCAAAACACACCACACACAAGCACGCACACGCGAACGCACACCCCGAUUGCCGCGAGGAGGGAGGUAGGAACUGGGGAGGGCGGCUAGGGUCACCGCCAGGAGCCGGGUGUGGCCGCCUAGAGGCGACCAAAGUCUCUGGCUUCCAGGUUCUUACUGUUUGCCUUCGCCCUACCUGGGCCCUGAACACCCCCGCCCCCCGAAGCCCGGUUAAACCUGUGUGACCCGGGAGACGUCUAUUCCAGCGUGAGUCCCAGACGUGAGGCGGCCGCGGUGGUCUGGGAGAAAUCUGGCCACGGGGAGCGAAGCCUGCCUGCAGGCGGGGGGAUGGGCUAGCUGCCCCGCCCCCAGCCUGAUUUCGCUGGGGAGGGAGGCACCCGGCUCCCGCCCCUAGCUGGCCCAGCCGCGUGGAGCGCCUGGGAGGAGGAGACGGAGCCGACCUGCCGAGAUGGAGGCGGUCUGCACCUGGGCGCUGCUGCUCCUGCUGCUCCUGCUGCUGACGCUGGCGCUGCCCCGGACCCGAGACCCAGGCCACCUGCCCCCCGGGCCUGCGCCGCUGCCGCUGCUGGGAAACCUCCUGCAGCUCCGGCCCGGGGCGCUGUACUCGGGGUUCGUGCGGCUAAGCAAGAGGUAUGGACCUGUGUUCACCGUGUACCUGGGCCCCUGGCGGCGUGUGGUGGUCCUGGUUGGGCACAAGGCUGUACGGGAGGCCCUGGGAGGCCAGGCUGAGGAGUUCAGUGGGCGAGGAGCAUUGGCGACAUUGGAUGGGACUUUUGAUGGUCAUGGGGAAGCCCAGGCCUCAGGAGGCAACAGGAGAGAGCUGAAGGCAUUGGAAUUGGUGGGGGUCUUCUUUUCCAAUGGAGAGCGGUGGAAGCAGCUGAGAAAAUUCACCAUGCUUGCUCUGCGGGACCUGGGCAUGGGGAAGCCAGAAGGCCAGAAGCUGAUCCAGUCAGAGGCCCAGCAUCUGGUGGAGGCAUUCCGGGAGACAAAAGGACGACCCUUUGAUCCUUCUUUGCUGCUGGCCCAGGCCACCUCCAAUGUAGCCUGUUCCCUCGUCUUUGGCCUCCGCUUCCCCUUCGAGGAUGAGGAGUUUCAGGCUGUGGUCCGGGCAGCUGGCGGUGUCCUGCUGGGGGUCAGCUCCCCAUGGGGCCAGACCUAUGAGAUGUUCUUCCGGCUCCUGCGGCCCCUGCCAGGCCCUCACAAGCAGCUCUUCCACCAUCUGGGUACCCUGGCUGCCUUCGCUAUCCAGCAGGUGCAGCGGCACCAAGGGAGUCUGGACACCUCAGGUCCUGUACGUGACCUUGUUGACGCCUUCCUGCUGAAGAUGGCACAGGAGGAACAAGACCCAAACACAGAAUUCACAGAGAAGAACUUGCUGAUGACAGUCACUUAUCUGCUAUUCGCUGGGACCAUGACUGUCAGUGCUACGGUCGGCUACACCCUCCUGCUCCUGGUGAAAUAUCCUCAGGUCCAAAAGUGUGUGCAUGAGGAGCUGACUCGGGAGCUGGGGGAUGGCCGAGCGCCGGGCCUGGAGGACCAGACCCGUCUCCCUUAUACCAAUGCGGUUCUGCAUGAGGCCCAGCGCCUCCUGGCACUGGUGCCCAUGGGGAUACCCCGCGCCCUCACACGGACCACCUGCUUCCGGGGGUACACCCUGCCCCAGGGCACUGAGGUUUUCCCCCUCCUUGGUUCUAUUCUGCAUGACCCUGAGGUCUUCGAGCAACCAGAGGAGUUCAACCCGGGCCGUUUCUUGGAUGUGGAUGGACGGUUCAAGAAGCAUGAGGCAUUCCUGCCCUUCUCCUUAGGGAAGCGCGUCUGCCUGGGGGAGGGCCUGGCUCGAGCAGAGAUCUUCCUCCUCUUCACUGCCAUCCUGCAGGCCUUCUCCCUGGAGAGCCCAUGCCUGUCAGGCACCCUGAGCCUCCAACCAGCUGUCAGUGGCCUUUUCAAUGUUCCCCCAGCCUUCCAGCUGCAGGUGCAGCCUGCUGACCUCCACCCCACCAUGCCGACCAGAUGAAGAAGGGCACCUUGGAGGUGAUGGCUGCCUGGAAGGGUUCCUCUAGCCUCAACUGGGCAUGGACAGAGUUGUGUCUCCAGAGCCACACCAUAGGCAGCCACAUUCACACUGCCAUAGCUGUUUUCUCAAGUCUGUCCCACAGAUACACAGCCCACAUGCUCACCCAGCCCACGUUGCUUUCAAAGCAUGCGACCACACACACAACUGUGAGGACCACUAGGCAGCUGACAUAAGUUUGGUCCAUCCGGAAUCACAAGCACAUGCCCAGGUAACCCACCAACUCGUACACCACACAAUUCUCCUGAACUCAGUUCACACAUGGGAGUGCAGCUGCCGUCCUUAUACGCCAUAGAAUCUGCCACCAUCUUCACAGCUCACAUAGACUUCAUUCAUCAAGCAUAUAAAUGCCACCAUCACUGAGUACCUGGCACAGAGAAUAGCACAUCCCGUCAUGUGGCUCUACUACUCUCCAGGCACAUGACCACCAGUGUCCAUGUGCCCCUAGGCUCAGGUCUAUACACAGCGAGUUCACAUAUGACACCAUCCUGGCUUCCCCCAAGUUUCUUCCCACUGAGGCACCACUCUUGCAGCGCCCUGGCCACCUCCGUAACUUCAGCCCCCAAAGUUGCCCCUUUCCAGGCAAUCUGAUCUACAGAUUCUCCCAAAUAUAAACAUAUCCCAGUCUGCAGUUGUGCUCACAGGCCUGAGACCAGAGGAAUACCCACCCCACACCAAGCCCCUAUUUAUGUAACCAUGUCAAAAGCAGCCUUCUGGUGCACACACAUUCAUUCAUUGACCCAUACCCCCCUUCUCAGCAUCAAAGUCCCUGUUAGACCCAGUAGAGGGGCCUAAAAGAGCAAGUAGUGUCAGGGAAGAAGCCAGAUGUGAAGUCCUUCUGACUUAAGGUCUCUGGUUUUUUGCAAUAAAAGUUUGUUUAUGGCCCUUGGCCUAGCCUG